GUGGGGAAGCAAGCAAGUGAGGGAUGUGAAUGCAUGGGGAGAGGGAGGUGCCUUUCUCUUCUCUGCCAGCUGCUUCCCUGGGCCGUGGCAGUUCCCAGCAAGGAGCCUCUUUGCUUGCAGGAGCCCGUGACCUUUGCGGAGGUGGCCGUGUAUUUCAGCAGGGAGCAGUGGGCGCUGCUGGACCCUGCGCAGCGAGCGCUGUACCGGGACGUGAUGCUGGAGACGUACGCGUGCGUGGCCUCGCUGGCCCCCAAACCUAUGGUGGUCUCCCUGCUUGAAGGAGAGGAAGACCCCUGGGACCCAGAUGUGCAUGUCCUGGAGGACAUGGCAGGAGAUCUCAGCCCAGCAGGACGUGGAAUCACAACUGUUCAGGAGGGUGUACAGAAUUGUGAUGUGACUGAAAGGCGGUGUGGAAGUGUCUUGGUGGAAGAAAUCAGAAAGGAUAUCCAAGGGGAUCUGAAACAAGUAGAGCACCUCAAGAAGCAACAGGGAAACCCUCCAGGAGAGACUGUGAGGAAUCUCCUGGACUGCAGCACAGGUCAAAAACAGCCUGAAGAUGCAAGGAGUAAGGAAGUGUGCCAGGAGAAAAGGCAGAACCCACGUGCUGAGUGUGGAAAAAGCCUGAAAAGCUUUUUAACCACUGUUGUGUAUGCUCAAUGAAGAGAUUGUACAAGUGUUCAGAUUGUACCAAAAGCUUCAAAUGGAAAUCCCACCUCGCCUGCCACCAGUGCAUCCACACAGAGGAGAGACCCUUCAAGUGUCCUGAAUGUCCAAAGAGCUUCAGAAGCAGUUCGAACCUCAUCCGCCACCAGC